AUGACAGGUCAGAUCAGAGAUCAUGUGUCUAACUGUGAGGCGUGCCGUUCACACGACAUUCGGCAAACGAAGGAACCGAUGAUGCUGCCUGAUGUUCCGGACCGACCGUGGAAAAUAGUAGCAGUGGAUCUAUUCUGGGACAACGGAAAGGAUUACUUACUCACGGUGGACUACUAUAGUGCUUACUUUGAAAUCGAUUUACUCACCACCACGACCACGGAGGCAGUAAUCAACAAACUCAGAUGUAAAUUCGCACGGCACGGGAUACCGGAGGAGCUAGUCUCGGACAACGGUCCCCAGUUCAGCAGCAGGGCAUUCCAGGUUUUCGCAACCAAAUGGGAAUUCGCACAACGGCAAACCAGUCCCUAUCACAGUCAAUCAAAUGGGAAGGCAGAGUCGGCAGUGAAGCAAGCCAAGCGACUAUUAGCGAAGGCUAGAGACACUCGGGAGGACCCAUACCUCAUGCUACUAGAAAGUCGCAACACUCCUUCAACGGAUAUCGGCCGGAGUCCAGUGCAGCGCCUAUACAGUCGAAGGACCAGAACUGUGAUGCCUGCAUCCGCAACACUUUUGCGCCCUGUCACGCCACAACGUGAUAAAGUACAGAACAAUUUGAGAAGGCGAAUGGCUACUCAGAAACGGUACUACGACAACGGCGCACGGGAAUUACCUGAGCUGACAGUGGGGAAGAAGUAUGGGUUGAACCAAUUCCCGAUGGACAGGAGCGGUGGAGAAAAGGAGUCUUGGCUGCGAAAGUCGGUGAAAGGUCAAACGAAGUAA